AUGGCAGCUGUUGUGACUCUGCAACACGACUGGUCUGAGAUCUUCUCUGGAGAGACGAUCACUCUCACAUGUGGAAUAAAGGAGGGAGGAGGCUCUGAGUGGGAGUAUGAAUGGAGAACACCUGACUAUUACACACCUCAAAACCCAAGAGGCUCCAUGAUGACAUCAUCAGUCACAGGAGACUACAGGUGUAAGGGCAGACUGAAAGAUGAAGCCUCUACAACAGAAUGGAGUGAUGCUUUCACAUUAACAACAUCAGAUGUCCCUCAGCCUGUCCUCACAGUGUCUCCAUCAUGGACGAGUCCUGGAGACUCAGUGACUCUGACCUGCAGUGUUGGACCUCCGUCUGCAGGAUGGAGGUUCUUCUGGUUUAAGGCUGUUCACAAACUGUCCCUCUACAACUACACCUAUGAGCUUCUAGCUGGUAGCACCACUGGGACUGAACAGGGUUCCUACGUUCUUCAUGGACAGACACACACAGCAGGAUAUGUGUGCAGAGCUGGAAGAGGAGAUCCUGUCAUUUACACUCUAUAUAGUGAUGUGAAGUUUGUCAGUUCUGGAGUUCCUCUGUCUUGCGAGUCUGUCCUCAUGGUUUUCCUGCACCCGCUCUGUGCCGCCACAUCCUCGCUUUGCACUAAGAGUCGUGUGGUGUUUGAGAUCCUUCAGGGGAGGUGGGACUUGUUGGACCUCACCGAGCAGCUGCAUGUGAAACGUCCUCAGAGGACCACUAGGGGACGCCAGAGGGCCCCAAACGGCACCUGCAAGUCUUCAGGCCCGCUGGUUUCGUCCCAGGGGGCCAUGUCGAGGACACCCGGGAGACACAUUGUCUACUCGUGCAGAGGAGGAAGAGGAGACCCAGUUUACUACACAGAGUACAGCCAUCCAGUCGUCACAAACAGAGCUGUUGUGAAGCCCACCUGGCCUGAGAUUUACUCUGGAGAGACGAUCACUCUCACAUGUGGAAUAAAGGAGGGAGGAGGCUCUGAGUGGGAGUAUGAAUGGAGAACACCUUACUAUUACACACCUCAAAACCCAAGAGGCUCCAUGAUUACAUCAUCAGUCACAGGAGACUACAGGUGUAAGGGCAGACUGAAAGAUGAAGACUCUACAACAGAAUGGAGUGAAGGUUUCACAUUAACAACAUCAGAGGAGGAAGAGGAGACCCAGUUUACUACUCAGAGUACAGCCAUCGAGUCGCCAACAGAUGUCCCUCAGCCUGUCCUCACAGUGUCUCCAUCAUGGACGAGUCCUGGAGACUCAGUGACUCUGACCUGCAGUGUUGGACCUCCGUCUGCAGGAUGGAGGUUCUUCUGGUUUAAGGCUGUUCACAAACUGUCCCUCUACAACUACACCUAUGAUCUUCUAGCUGGUAGCACCACUGGGACUGAACAGGGUUCCUACGUUCUUCAUGGACAGACACACACAGCAGGAUAUGUGUGCAGAGCUGGAAGAGGAGAUCCUGUCAUUUACUCUCUAUAUAGUGAUGUGAAGUUUGUCUGGUCUGGAGGUUGGAAUCCAGCAGCGUCUCUCACAGUGAGUCCUCACAGACUGCAGCACUUCAGCACAGAGUCACUGUCACUGAGCUGUGAGGGAACCUCUACUGAGUGGAGAGUGAUGAAGGCUGAUGGAUCUGGCUUCAUGUCAUCUUGUUCUAACUGGGGAGAAAUGACUGGAUCCACAUGCAACACCAGCACUAGAGCGAGUAGUGGAGUGUACUGGUGUGAGUCUAAAACACAGUGCAGCAAUGCAGCCAACAUCACUAUACACAGUGGUGAUGUCAUCCUGGUGAGUCCUGUCAAUCCUGUGACUGAGGGACAUUCGGUCUCUCUUGGCUGCAAGUUGAGGACAAAAGAACUUCUUGAUGAUGUGGAUUUCUAUAAAGAUGACAAACUCCUCCCAAAUGCUGUCAGAGGGGAGCUGUUUAUCUCUGCAGUUAAUAAGUCACAUGAAGGCUUUUAUAAAUGUAGAGGAAGGAAAUCACCUCAAGGUUUGGAGACUUUGACCUCAGCAGAGAGCUGGUUCUCAGUGGAAUGUGAGUACGAGUAG